AUGAGCCUUCUGGGAUUGGCGUCAAUGCUGUCUCUCAUCUCCCUUGUGGCAACGUUGCCGACAUUGGACACCCAAGCCGUUUCCCAGUUCAAGUAUCCCUGGCUAAACAUGACUCUCAGCAACCUCGAGUCUGUCUGCCGUAAGGAGCAAAGAAACGAACUGUACACCUGCACCCUCAAGUUCGAUCUUUACGACCCCAACACGGAAGGCAUCGUGGAAGUCAACGGCGCACACUGCGGUGCGGCGUGGGAAUGGGACGGCAUCACGCCGAACCACGGCCCGAACAACAGCUACCCCAGCACCGGCGUCCUCUGCUGGAGCGGUGGCUCGAAUGCAUUCCACUUUAGGGUUGCAAAGUUCCGGUCGGCCUCGAGGUUCGAACUCUACGUCAGCCACUUGUACAGAGAUACGCGGUUUUUCAAACCGCCGUACGACGGGAGGAAAGCCCUCGUCAACAUCGCCAUUCCAGAAGCCCACCCCCUUCCGCCCAUCGCGCCGUAUGUGCCCCCGGUCGACCAGUUCGAGUUCAUCGCCACGGCCACGAUUUCGAGACGCACAGACGGGCUGUCGUAG